AUGUUCUCUUGCAUUGGGAUUGAUACAGCCUAUUUGCUUGAGACCGAGGUUAUCCCCGAUCUAGACUUCUUCCUACGACCUCCAAAUGUACCAGAGACAAUCGAACAUGAGCCUUUCCAAACCUUGAAUGAGGCCCGACUCGGGCUCCAUCGUGUUGAAAAGCUCCUUGGCUCUACCAUGGGCUUCAACCUUCGCCAGAGUUCACCACUUUCGUGGAACUCUGUUCUGACUCUGUCCGGCGACAUUUCCCCGUUCGAAGACGAGACGUACGAGGCUUGGACAAAAGCACGGCGUCGUUUGGAUAAGCGGAGCGCCAGGCUUGAUCUGAGCGUCAAGAUAUGGCAGUCUGAUCUCUCGUCUUCAACAGAGGCUUUGAAAGAGGCGCAGAUAUUGGCAUUUAUCCAAAAAUGA